AUGGUGAGGACUCCUUUCUUUGACAAGAAUGGAUUGAAGAGAGGUUUAUGGAGCGAGGAAGAAGAUAAUAAGUUGAGAGCCUAUAUUGAAAGAUAUGGUCAUUGGAACUGGCGUCAACUCCCCAAGUACGCAGGUCUUUCUAGAUGUGGAAAGAGUUGCAGAUUGCGGUGGAAGAACUACUUGCGCACUGAUGUGAAACUCAGGAACUACAGCAAAGAAGAAGAGGACACGAUCAUGAAAUUACAAGACAAACUUGGAAACAAAUGGUCAGCCAUUGCUGCACAUUUACCAGGAAGAACAGACAAUGACAUAAAAAAUUACUGGCACACCCAUAUUAAGAAACUUGGGAAACCAAAUUCAACGUCAGAGGUGCUUGCCCAAUCAAAUGUACCUUUCCAACCUGAAUCAAAACAGAAAGAGAAAUUUCAUGAAACUUCCCAAAAUAAAGGCAACAAGGAGAGAGAAUCAGAACCCGAAUAUGUUGUUUUUGAUACUGCGUCAGACCAAGCUUUGGAAAGCACCCCAACAUCCCCCAAAGCAUCUUCCAGUGAUCAAUCCUCCUCAAGCUCUAUUACAUCUACUUUCAAAAGCACCAACUGGGUUGCAGAAGAUAGCAUUGUCAUAACUUCACUGGAUUCGUUCUACGACACCGCUGAAAGUUUCUGGAGUGUUCCAUUUGUGACAGACACGUUCUACGACCAAAAUUAUUACACAUCACCUUCAACGCAUGAAGGGUUUUUGCCUCCAUACAUGUGGUUCUAUUACUGA